AUGAUGGUUAGUGACGGAUAAAUCAUGUCAGUCAGUUUGGGAUAUUAUCAUAUGAUUUACACUUAGUCUACAAAUACCAAUAUGUUAACAAAGAUGGCGGUGUGAAAAUGAAGUUUAAGAGAAAUGGAACGCUGAAGCGAAUCUUACGAGGAGACAUGGACGACCUUUCCUCAUCUGUGAGGCCUUCCCAAGGGGCGGCAGUCCUCGUAUCUCUCCCGCGCAAUGUAUACUACAUGGACGAGGAAGACAGGAGGCAGUCGGCAGAUGACAGCACUGUCGCGAAUUAUCAGUAUGGCGAUACAAACUUUGGCCUGAAAAGUCGGAUGUUCGGAACGACCCCCACUUUUUUCAAUAGUGGCAUGACUGGUCCGAUUUCGAAUGGUUCCUAUGGAUACCAAGAAUCGCACUUUCUCAACAGAAAACGGCAAGAGGCCAGCAUGAACAAGACAGAAAAGGGACCAGGAUUGGCAAAUGGCAGCAGCAAGUUUUCCUUGAAGACCGCGAGUCCUGGUCCGGAUGGCUUCCAUCCUAAUGAUGACAAAAGUUCUUUCUUUGCUAAGGGUCGUGACUUCGAAAGCGUCAAUACCAACCAUAAGUAUACCAUUUCUGAGAGAGAACUGCUAGCAACUCAUGACAGUCAGGACUAUCUGCCCCCUCACAGCGAGGUCUACAAAAAGUGGAUAAGAAAGCGUCCGGCAAGAUUAAACUGGGACCGCUGGUACAUGAUGGCGCUGAUUGGCUGCGCAGUGGGAAUUGUGGGAUACCUCCUCCACCAAACCGUAGCCUUGAUUUCAGACUUCAAAUGGGAGAGAGCAGAAGAGUAUAUCAAGGAAGAUAUUUGGAAAGCGUACGCUUGGUUGUUGAGCUACAGUCUAGGAUUCACCGCCAUAGCGUCAUUCUUAGUUGCAUUUGUAUGGCCAUACGCAGCGGGAUCGGGAAUUCCAGAAAUCAUCGGUUUCCUGAACGGCACAGUUGUCCGCCACGCGCUGAACCUCAAGACCUUCAUCGUCAAGUUUAUGUCGUGCGCAUGCGCCGUGGGUGGAGGUCUCCCCGUCGGACCUGAAGGACCAAUGAUCCAUAUAGGAGCUAUCGUCGGAAAUGGCCUAAGUCAAUUUCGCUCGAGGACCUUUGGUUGUAAACUUCCGUUUUUUGAACGAUUCAGGAACUCAGAAGACAGGAGAAAUUUCACUUCAGCGGGGGCCGGUGCCGGGGUGGCGUCUGCUUUUGGAGCACCCGUGGGUGGUUUGUUAUUCGCUUUGGAAGAAGUGUCUUCAUUCUGGACGAUGAAACUGUCUUGGAUGACUUUCUUCUGCUGUAUGGUGGCCACAUUUUCCACAGACUUUCUGAACUCAGCAUUUGCCGAAUUCAAAUACUGGGGAAGCGUCGGCCUGUUUGAUGUGGAUAAAUACAUCAUAUUCCGGGUUCGAGAUGCACUUGCCAUAAACAUCAUUAUGUUCCUACCGUCGGUUGUUCUGGGGAUAUUUGGAGGAAUCCUGGGCGCCAUCUUCACCAUUAUCAAUUUAAAAAUAGGUCGCACAAGACGAGCCAUCAUGUCAAAGAUAACGAACAAAUGGCUGGAAAAGCUGGCCAGGUUUUUUGAGCCUCUGAUUAUCAUGGCCAUACUAGGCACGUGUGCUGUGUGGAUACCGACACUAUUUCCAUGUAAGCCAAGCACGUGUCCCACGCUGCCCGCCAAUGUAACAGCACUGCCCAAUGGAACAGACAUUAAGUGCCCUGUUGUUGGGAAUUUCACAUGGAAAAUAAGCAAGCACGCUGUGCAGUUCACGUGUUCGGGGCCAGAGCACGGUGAGGCACAUUCAGCGUCGGCACAUGGACAGUACAACGAGUCGUACGCUUGGUUGUUGAGCUACAGUCUAGGAUUCACCGCCAUAGCGUCAUUCUUGGUUGCAUUUGUAUGGCCAUACGCAGCGGGAUCGGGAAUUCCAGAAAUCAUCGGUUUCCUGAACGGCACAGUUGUCCGCCACGCGCUGAACCUCAAGACCUUCAUCGUCAAGUUUAUGUCGUGCGCAUGCGCCGUGGGUGGAGGUCUCCCCGUCGGACCUGAAGGACCAAUGAUCCACAUAGGGAGAAAUUUCACUUCAGCGGGGGCAGGUGCCGGGGUGGCGUCUGCUUUUGGAGCACCAGUGGGUGGCUUGUUAUUCGCUUUGGAAGAAGUGUCUUCAUUCUGGACGAUGAAACUGUCUUGGAUGACUUUCUUCUGCUGUAUGGUGGCCACAUUUUCCACUGACUUUCUGAACUCUGCAUUUGCCGAGUUUAAAUACUGGGGAAGCGUCGGCCUGUUUGAUGUGGAUAAGUACAUCAUAUUUCGGGUUCGAGAUGCGCUUGCCAUUAACAUCAUAAUGUUCCUACCGUCGGUUGUACUGGGAAUAUUUGGAGGCAUCCUGGGCGCCAUCUUCACCAUCAUCAAUUUGAAAAUUGGUCGCACAAGACGAGCCAUCAUGUCAAAGAUAACGAAUAAAUGGCUGGAAAAGCUGGCCAGGUUUUUUGAACCUCUUAUUAUCAUGGCUAUACUGGGCACGUGUGCUGUAUGGAUACCUACGUUGUUUCCAUGUAAACCAAGCACGUGCCCCACGCUACCCGCCAAUGUAACAGCACUGCCCAAUGGAACAGACAUUAAGUGCCCUGUUGUUGGGAAUUUCACAUGGAAAAUAAGCAAGCACGCUGUGCAGUUCACGUGUUCGGGGCCAGAGCACGGUGAGGCACAUUCAGCGUCGGCACAUGGACAGUACAACGAGUUGGCCUCUCUCCUGUUCCUUGGCGGCGAAGAGGCAGUCCAUAAUAUGUUUUCAAGACGCACUCACCUCAUGUUUGACUACCUUUCCCUGGUGACCGCUUUCGUCAUCUACUUCCUGCUGGCGGGCUGGAUACCCGGAAGUUCGGUUUCUGCGGGAUUGGUGGUACCGAUGCUUUAUAUCGGCGGGCUAUACGGAAGAAUCCUUGGACGCGGAAUGGUGGACAUAUUUUACAUGGUGACUGGCCAGAUGCCUACAGACCCGUACUGGGAGUGGAUCGAUCCAGGGGCCUUCGCUCUUAUUGGGGCAGCCAGCUUCUUCGGGGGAGUGUCCCGUCUGACUAUGUCACUGACCGUUAUCAUGAUGGAGAUCACCAACGACAUCCAGUUUCUGUUACCUAUCAUGGUGUCUGUGAUGACGGCCAAGUGGGUUGGCGACAUGAUCACACACCCCCUCUAUCACUCUCUGCUGGAAUUAAAGUGCAUCCCUUUCUUAGCAGACGAACCUGUGGUGUUUGAUGACAAGCACGAUGUAGUUAACUUAGAACUAUACUCUGUAGCUGACAUAAUGACAACACCUGUGACUACUCUUCAAAUUCACGAGAGUGUGGGAACUUUGGCGAGACUUGUGCUUCAGAACCCGUAUGGAGGAUAUCCAGUGGUAUCUAGUGAUGGGGAUAAUGACGAUCAUCUUUUCGGCUUGAUAACAAGAAAUGAAAUUAUAAUAUUGCUAACGGAAGCGGAGAUUCCACCGCACGCUCCCCCAGAUAAAGUGUACACACCCAGUCUUUCCUUUGGAGUGCUACGUGACGCCAUUGAUCGUUUGGGAAGUUUGAAAAUGCGUGAAGCCCUUCUACAGAAAUACGUAACUAAUUCAUCCUACCAAGACAUUAUGCUAGAUCUUUCGCCGUUCAUCAAUAAAUCAUCAAGCAGUAUUCAAAGCAGCUUCUCUCUCCAUCGGACCUAUAUAAUGUUCCGCACACUGGGAUUACGUCAUCUGACAGUUGUGGAUCGCCGGAACCGCGUGGUCGGUAUCUUGUCGCGGAAGGAUAUCAUGGGUCACUAUCUGGAGGAGAAACUGGACUUAAAGCAGCGGAGGCAAAGACACCGGACACAACGAAAGGUCGAGUCAGAAAGAAGAAAAGGAAAAGAGGCAUUCGCUUAUGAAAACAUUGUAGUUUCGACUACAUUGGAAAGGGAAGGAAAUGAUCACAUGAGGAAUGACGACGUUUUGUACUAAACUCAGCAGAGGAGAUCUUUCAUUCAUUGCGCUAGAGGAGAUAUUUCAUUCAUUGUGUCAGAGGAAACUUCUACCCAAGGGCAAAUUCCUAAUUUGUCUAUGUUUACUAUACGUAUUUUAAGUGACCAGAACAUAUAUUAACUUUUCGUCGAGGGGAUUGCUUUUGUGCUCCCGCUCCUGGUUGUCCAUAAUCAGGGAUAACGCAUUUUGCUCAUAGACGCCCAUAGACUACCCCUGCAGUUCACUUUAUUAACAAAUAAGUUAUAAGAAUGGUUCUUAUAAUUGCCAUAAAAAAUCUGACUUAGGCCUGGGUGUUGUUGACUUCGAGUAUAUAUCAGUCUUGUGUUCUUAAGCACACCAAAUAACAAUUGCUUACCUAUGUCACUAACAAAACAUGUUGAUAAACGUAACAUUCGGAAUAAAAGAUGCUAAGACAUCUAAUGAUCCCAAGUAAAAUUGAUCUAUUCAUGCUUUAUUUGAA